AUGGAGGACUGGUUUUCCGGCUGUGUUAUUGGAGAUAUUGGGAGAGUGUUAAGUCCUGCGAAAAGAAAGUUCGAACACGUGAAAAGAAGAGAGGAAAUCAUUCUUAAGAUGUCAAUGAAAUCAUGGCAUUCUGAGAACUGA